AUGCACUUCACAACCACCAUCCUCCUCUCCGCCGCCACCAUGGCCCCCCUAGCCCUCGCCGGCAACGCCAUCGUCCAAAACGCCUGCACCGACCCAAUCUACCUGUGGUCCGUCGGCUCUGCAGUAGGCGAACGCCAAACCGUCAACCCAGGCACAAACUACACCGAGACCCUACGCUACGACGAAGUCUCAGGCGGAAUCGCCAUUAAGAUCACCCGGACUGAGAACGGUCUAUACGACGGCAGCCCGCAGACUGAUUUCCAGUAUGCGCUGACAGACCACCUCUACUAUGAUUUGUUUGAUGUCUACGGUGAUCCCUUUUCGGGAAGUACCCUGGUCGUGCACCCUUCCAUCGAUACUUGUAAUAGUAUUUGCUGGGGUGGGGGUGUGAGGGCUACGGCUACGAGUCAGACGGAGGCUUGUGGGACCGAUGCGGAUAUUACUUUGACGCUUUGUGCGGAGAGUUGUUAG